CUUAACUCUGAUCUCAUAGUUCUCUUCUACAGCGGCAUCACCAAGAUGCGCCAGGACAGUGAGCAUGCCAGGCCAACAGAAACACAUCGCUUCAUCCUUGGUUUGCGUGAUGCUGGCAAGCUGGUUCGGGACUAUACCCAGAACAUCGACUGUCUUGAAGAAAAGGUUGGCCUCUCCACCGAUUUGCACAAGGGGGCUGGGAAUCGAUCGUACAGAGGCGUCGAUUGUGUUCUCCAUGAAUCUCUCCGCCGUUUGCGAUGCUCCAAGUGUUCUGGCACGCAUAGCCGGGACGAGUGUAGUCAAGAAACCGAGACUCUGGCGGGACAGGGGCCACCAUGUCCCGGCUAUGCCAACAUAUCCGACGCCAAAACGACAGCAAAGAAACGUACAACUACAAUCGGAACGCUUCGACCCGACGUCGUGCCUUACGAUGAACUGGACCCGCGGGCUGACUCCAUCUCCGCCAUCGCACGGCGUGAUCUGUUGCUGCGCCCAGAUGUCCUUCUUAUUCUGGGCACGAGCCUUACAACACACGGGGUCAAGCGCCUAGUGAAGGACUUUGCGAAGGUCAUUCACAAACGGGCUGGAAAAGUGGUGUUUGUGACCUCAUAGAACCAGCUGAGAGCUGGGACGGCGUAAUCGAUUAUUGGGUCGACUGGGACUGCGACGCCUGGGUACGAGAUUUGAUGGACCGCCAGUCGGAAUUAAGCUCACCAACAGGCUUGAUAGACUUAACUGGAGAGGGCGAGCACAGGAGGUCAUGGCUUCUUGUGGGUGUGAUAGGAGGCAAGGGAGCAGCCAGGAUAACCCGAUCGACCUCACGCUUAGCUAGAUAAACCAUCAACGCGAACAUCGAGC